CCCGCCGCCCCAGACCCAAACCGCGCGGGAGCCGCCACACGGAGCCUACUGGCCACGGAGCCUACUGGCCGCAGCGCCAUGGCCAUCCUUGCAAGGCAAGUGCUCUGUCUGUCGGCUUUCCUCUGCCUGGCAUACGCUCGCUCCGAGCCCUUGCGCUACUCCGUAGCCGAGGAGGGGGAGCGCGGCUCCGCGGUGGCCAACGUGGCGGCGGACGCGGGGCUGGCCCCGGCGCAGCUGUCGGCUCGCCGCGCCCGCCUGUCCGCGGAGGACGGCCGGCAGCACUUUCGCUUGGACCUCGGCAGCGGCCGCCUCGUAGUGGCAGAGAGGCUGGACCGGGAGGAGCUGUGCGGGCAGGCUGCAAGCUGCACGCUCCCCUUGGAGCUCCUGCUGGCAAACCCCUUCCAGAUCUUUCGGGUCGAGGUGGCCGUGGAGGACAUCAAUGACCAUUCUCCUGUUUUCCCGGAGGAACAAGUCACUAUUAAGAUCCCGGAAACGAGCAACCCGGGCUCACAUUUCCCCUUGGUUGGAGCUCAAGACCUGGAUAUUGGCAGCAACAGCAUCCAGACUUACAGCAUUGCUCCUGAGAACGAGCAUUUUAGUGUCUCCUUUGGAAGUCGGAGUAAGGGCAAGAAGUAUGUGGAACUGGUCUUAGAAAAGCCACUAGACAGAGAGGAGGAGGCAGAGGUGAGUUUCAAUCUCAUUGCUGUGGAUGGGGGCUCUCCCCCCAGGAGUGGGACCACCCAAAUCCACAUUGUUGUUCUGGAUGUAAAUGACAACGCUCCCAUCUUCACAGAGGAAGUGUACAUCGGUGAGGCUUUGGAAAAUGCACCAGUGGGCUCUGUAAUUCUCAAUGUGGUGGCAUCUGAUCAGGAUGUAGGAGCUAACGGGGCUAUCUCCUAUCAGUUCAGCCAUGUGCUGGGCCAGAGCCACUCUGCAUUUGCAAUUGACCCCAUGAGUGGUGCAAUCAAAUUAAUAAAGCCUCUGGACUUUGAGGUGGCACAGAAGCAUGAGCUCAGUGUGCAGGCUACGGAUGGUGGGGGCCUCUCAGCAAUCUGCAAGGUGUUGGUAGAGGUGGUGGAUGUGAAUGACAAUGCCCCAGAGCUGGUGGUCAAUUCCUUCAGCAGCCCCCUCCCUGAGAACACAUUACCUGGAACAGUGGUCGCCCUCUUCACUGUCAGGGACCGGGAUGCUGGUGCCAAUGGGAAGGUGUCCCUUGCCCUUGAGGACCAGUUGUCAUUCUCCCUGAGGUUGGCUUAUAAGAAUUACUAUGAGCUGGUGACCGUGAGCAGCCUGGACCGGGAGGACACAGCUCGUUACAUCCUCAGUGUCACAGCAGCAGACGCGGGGUCACCUCCUCUGACAACCACCCAGACCUUCACAGUGGACAUCUCUGAUGUCAACGACAAUGUGCCUGUCUUCAACCAGACGUCGUACACCAUGUACGUGCGUGAGAACAACGUCCCCACAGUGCUGGUUGGAGCUGUCAGCGCCUUUGAUGCCGACGUGGGGCCCAAUGCCAAGGUGAGCUAUUUCCUGGCCCCAGCCCAGCCCACAGAGCGGCCGCCCUGCUCCUGCAUCUCCGUGAACUCUGAGAACGGGCACGUGUUUGUGCUGCGGCCCCUGGACUACGAGCAGGUGAAGCAGAUCGAGGUUGUGGUGAGCGCCUCGGAUGCAGGAUCGCCUCCCCUGAGCACCAACGUCACUGUCCACGUCUACGUGGUGGAUGAAAACGACAAUGUGCCAGUGGUGCUGUUCCCAUCCCAGGACAGCAGCUCCCUGUCCAGCGAGCUGGUGCCCAUGUCGGCUGAGGCGGGGUACCUGGUGACCAAAGUGGUGGCUGUUGACGCGGACUCAGGGCAGAACUCGUGGCUUUCCUACCACCUGCUGAGGGCCACGGACCCCGGCCUGUUUGUGGUGGGUGCCCAGAGCGGGGAGGUGAGGCUGAAGAGGCCAGUGGCAGAGAGAGACACCACGAAGCAGAAGCUCGUCGUCCUGGUGCGAGACAACGGGCGUCCGCCGCAGUCGGCCACCGCAGCCCUGAGCAUGUUGCUGGUCAGCGACUUCUCAGACGUGCGCCUUCCACACAGCAGCCCGGCCAUGGAGGAUGAGGGCAGUUCCCUGACCACCUAUUUAAUCAUUUCACUGGUCUGCGUGUCCCUUCUCUUCCUCGUGUCCGUAGCAGCCUUUGUGGUUUGCAAGGUGUACCAGAGAAGGGACCAGAAGGCUGGGCAUGUGCUGUACGGCGCUGGCACCUUGCAGAGGGUCCCAGGGGAUGCAGCAGCUGCAGGGACCCUGCCCCACGCCUACUGCUACGAGAUCAACCUGACCACGGGCUCAGGCAACAGCGAGUUCAAGUUCCUGAAGCCCAUCCUCCCCACUCUGCCACCACAGCACUAUCCCAUGGUUGGGGGCAUUGAUGAUGACAAAGGUUUCCCCUGUGGCUCCAUCACUGCAGAGGACUCGGCACCAGACAAGCCAGGGUCGCUCUCUGCAGAGCAGUUCGACAGUCUUCCCUUUAACUGACAUGGAGUCAGCACAGCCUGAGGCUUGGUGCCUCACAAUGGAAAGGAACCCAGGUACAACAUAUGGCAAUGGUUCCUCCAGAAUAGAUCUGCAAUGGGCAUCACGUUUCCUGCAAAUUCCAUGAAAGCUUGUCUCCACCACAAAAAAUACAAGCAAAAGAAACUAAAGUUUCUUCCAGUCUGCCAAUAAUAGGUUUGAUCUCCAGUACAGCCACAAUGAUUUGAGACUUGAGAUAUUUCCAGUGUCCUCAGGGAAGAUCUUUUCUCCCUGUCUGGUAUGACUGAUGAUCUUCUUGUGUGUUGUAAUGCAGUGGCAAUGUUGGGCAGAUAAAUCACAUCCUCGCUCCCUUGGAUGCAGCCCUUGUCCCACUGUGGGACAGCAAUGCAGUUGUGAGUGCUGUGCUGCAAUGUGGUGCAAUCCUGGGCUCUUCUCUGGGUUCUGGAUGUCUCAGUGUGAGAUGUAUAGGCUUUGAGUUUUCUGACUUGUGGUCACCAUGUCUGUGUGCAUACCGACUGUUGUGUGGAAGAAAAAGGGUGCCUGGUGAAGCCUGGAUUUGCUCACAUUCAGCCAUUGCAAAAGGCACAGUUUCAGCACAUUAUACAAGAAGGGAAUUUUGACCCUUUGAGUCUCAUCUUCUCUAAGCUUUAGGAGUAAAAUAUUCAACGGGAUCUUCCUUUUAUGGGUGACUGGGGUUAGAGUGGGCUCUUCUUGGGAUUGCCUUGUAAAUACAGCAGCACUAACAGAGUUGGGGUAGGCUACAACUGUACAGUGUUGUGAAAACCAGUUCAUUGUCUUUGUGUGGGCUGUUAGGAAACUCCACAUGAGAUUUGAAAGCAUGUGUUUGGUAGAGUCAAGAUAAAUUUGGAAAAGGACCAAAAAGGCUUUUGGUCUCAUGAUGGUUGUUCUCAAAUUCAUAGUUUUUGAUGGGAGUGGAAAGCCAGCUCAAUAUACUUUUUCUAGAUUUGUGUUAGAGCAUUUGCAUUCUCUUUUCUGCUCUUCUUUUUCUCCUUCUCCUCUGUGAACUGCAUUUGAGCACUAUCUUGUUUCUUCCUCUUAGAAAGCACUGUCAGUCCAUGAACAUUAGGGUAUUGUUUGAAGGAAGGCAGUGUCGCAUGGAACAUUUGCAAACCCUCACGCUGUGUUGUGCUGCAGGUAUAAAGCAUUUUAGUGUUGUAA